AUGAAGCCCUCCCUCACCCCCACCAUCCUCCUCUCCCUCUCCGCCCUCGGCCUCGCCGCCCCCACCGCCCCCCUCCAAAACCGCGCCGUAACCGCCUCCAUCACGCUCUACACCGAGACAGACUACCUCGGCACCUCCUACACCAUCCCCUUCACCAUCGACGGCCUGACGUGCGUCGCGCCAACGCUGCCAGCGAACAUCGACAUGCAGGCCUCUAGCGUGAUGUUGAGCGCCACCGGGGAGGGGAGUGGCUUUAGCUGCCGUCUUUCUUCGCUGCAAAACUGCGAGAUCCCCCCGGACCCGAAUGAUUCUACCUGGUUUUUCUUUUAUAAUGUGCCGGAUUUGGCGAAUGCAGAUUAUCAUUUGGAUAAUAGGGCGCGGAGUGUGGUUUUGACGUUCAAUCGCUUCUGGUACGAGUCUCUCGUCGCGAGCGAGUCCACCGCUGAGAGAGCUCGAGGCCCUCACGCUCGCUUAUACAGCGGUGGACCGGCGUCGAUAUGCGGCUUCAAAGGCCUUGCGGAUAGUUAUUCCGCACUUUUUCAAGGGAAUCUCGCUCGCAGUGCGCCCUGUAGACUACAUUCCUUCCGAAAAGGAUAG